AAUGAUCGAAUUCCGCACUCCUAAGUACAUUUGUUUAAAAAAAAUUGAACCUCCAGUAAUCAGAUACUAACCUCGCACAUUGUUUGUUAAAGCUUAACAUUUAUUACAAACUAGAGAUAGCGUUGAUACAUCCUUGACUUUGAGUUAAACAGACGCAAAGAUGUAGUCUUAGCAAUCAGAAAUUAGCAAUCUUAGCACAUUUUAUUAAAGUUGUGAUUAAGCAAAAGAGAACAAAGAAUAACCAAUUAUUGAUGUAGUACUUAAAAAAACUAAUUCAUUUCAUCUUAAUUCAAAAUUGAGAAGUAAUAACAAGAUCUCAAGAGUUUCUAAGAAUUAAUUGAUGGAUGUGCUUUAAGAAAUAACUUCUCCUACUUAGACUAAGCGUAAAUAGGUAAUAAGAAUAAUUGUUAUAAGGUUGUGAACAGAGAAUGGGAGUAUUCAUAUCGAAAACAAUAAGGGAAUAGUACAUUUUUCUAAUCAAUGGAUUCAUCUAACGAAUAGGCUACGGCUUUGCCAAAAUCUAGGAGUUUUAGUAUGAAACAAUCAACACAAUAAUAAUCAUAAUAAUUGAAAGAUAUGAUUGAUAAAGCAAUAAAUAAUACAAAAACUUUUGAUGAAUAUCUAUUAAGUCUUGUGAGUGGAUGA